UUUUAUCACCAGCAGGUCGAAAGCCGCGUGUGUUGCUUGAUAACAAACAACGCACGACGAAUAUCAGGCGAAAACGCCUAGCAGGAACGUUUGCGGCUUAUCCACAGGAUAAAUGACGCAACCAACUUAAAGCCGCGGAUUAUGGCGUUCUUAUCCAACUAAUCGUGAUUCACUACAGCCUCAAUACAGCCAUUUAAACAACAAAGACAACAGCACGCGGUGCCAGUGGCUGCAUACACCCUGUAUGACCAAUUAGCAGCCUUGAUGGUUUGACCUUAACAGUGAUAAAUGCUUAGCAGUUGUCGUCAGUGGAAGUGAAUCUAGCGAAGCGACUUGCUGCCAUUGAAGCGAAAAGAGUGGAGCUGGAAAUAUGGAAAUUAACUUCAAAGGAAAACGCACGUUGGUGACGGGAGCCAGUCAAGGGAUUGGCCGCGAUCUGGUCAAGAAACUGGACGCAUGCGGAGCCAAAGUGAUCGCCGUGGCCCGAAAUCAAGCGCUGCUUGAAUCUCUGCAAAAAGAGGUUCCCAGCAUCGAAAUCUACCCGGCUGAUCUGUCAGACUGGAAGAAGACUGAACAAGUGAUUAGCCAAAUCGGGGAUGUUGAUCUGCUGGUCAACAACGCCGGUUUGGCAAUUUUGGGCCCAUUAACUGAAGUAACCGAGGAGGACUUCGACAGGGUGUUUGCCAUCAACAUAAAAUCAACGAUCAACAUCACCAAGCUGGUGAUAAAAAAUCUGCUGGCCAGGAAAGUACCAGGAUCGAUCGUGAACGUUUCUUCGCAAGCGUCCGUCGUCGGACUUAUCGACCACGCGGUUUAUUGCGCCUCGAAGGGAGCGGUGGACGCGUUCACUCGGGCUGCGGCCAGUGAAUAUGGGCCCCAUGGAAUAAGGGUGAACAAUGUGAAUCCGACUGUGAUUCUGACCGAUAUGGGCCGCCUGGGAUGGUCCGAUCCAGCUGUGGCUGGCCCGAUGAUUCAGAAGAUUCCGCUCAGAAGGUUUGGAGAGGUCGACGAAGUGGUCAACUCCAUCAUAUUCCUGUUGAGCGACAUGUCCUCCAUGACUACCGGAUCUAACAUCUAUGUGGAUGGCGGAUUUGUGGCUGUUUGAACCAAUAUCCCCAGUACAAAUAAAUGUUGGAUUAA